AUGUCGGUGGACCUAUUUUCUCUGCGUGAAACACUAUCCACAUCGUCGUUGGUGGGGGCUAUGCCGCCCCCGCCCCCUCUCAUGAGGGCUGUUUUCGUAGUCAUCGGAGCAUCUGGAGACCUUGCGAAGCGAAAAACAUUCCCGGCCCUUUUUGCGCUGCUCAAGCACGGCUUUUUGUGUCCCGAAUCCAUUCUUUUGGGCUUUUCCAGAUCAAAGAUGGAUGACGCCGAUUUUUCUGAGCACAUCACUUCAUUGAUAAAUGAUGGCGUUUCGCGCUUCAAAUCGAUGUGUCACUAUGUAUCUGGGGAUUACAAUUCGAAAAAAUCAUAUGCGCUGCUGAAGGAUCGCAUACUUGAAUUAAAAUCCGGCUCAAGAUUCAGCGAAGCUCAUGAAUUUCCGUUCAUUUUCUACCUUGCAAUCCCGCCUUCUGUCUUUUUGGAGGUGGCGCGUUCAAUCCAUCAUUACAUCAUUCCGCAUCUUUCAUCUCCCUCUGUUCCUUCAAACUCGUCGCGAUUUCGACUUGUUGUUGAAAAGCCUUUUGGCCAUGACUUGGACUCGUCAAACGAACUUUCUACAUCUUUGGCUGAACUGUUCGAUGAAAAACAGAUCACGUUUAAAGAAACUCAAGGUGUCGAGGGCCGUGGCGGAUAUUUUGAUUCCUAUGGCAUCAUACGGGAUGUGAUGCAGAAUCAUCUUCUUCAAAUCCUCUCUUUGAUUGCAAUGGCAAGGUUCGUUUCAAAGAUUAUACUGUAUCACAUUAAGGUGGCCAUCUUGAGGGCAAUAAGACCAAUUGACGCACAAAGCGUGGUUUUAGGCCAGUAUGUGAGAUCUGGAUCGGCAAUCGGAUAUACGGAAGACCCGUCCGUUCCAGAUACUUCGACGACGGCAACAUUUGCAGCCCUGGUGAUCUAUAUUGAUGUGCCUGCUUGGAGAGGCGUUCCUUUUAUCUUGAGAUGUGGAAAGGGCUUAAACGAACAAAAGGCCGAAAUCAGAAUCCAAUUUAAGGAGGUCGAUGAACAGGUCCCUCGCAACGAGCUCGUGAUCAGAGUGCAGCCAAGAGAAGCUGUAUAUUUGAAGCUAAACAUCAAGAACCCUGGUCUUACAGUACCGAUUUCUUAUAGUGGUGCAACAUCGUCUUCUGCUGGCUCAUCUCCUAGCCUUAGAGAUGAAGAGACCAUAGUCGCUCCACCUGACCCGUUCAUCAGCAGCGAGCUAGAUCUAACAUAUGGGCACAAGUUCUCGGAUUCUAGAAUUCCAGAUGCAUAUGAAUCGCUUCUUUUGGAUUUGCUGCAUGGAGAGCAAGGAAAUUUCGUUCGCCGAGAUGAGCUGGAUGCGGCUUGGAAGAUUUUCACUCCUUUGCUGGAAAAUGUCGAGUCGAGGCCGUAUCCGCCGGUCCCAUAUGCCUUUGGUUCUCGAGGUCCAAAGGAGGCUGACGAUCUCAUAAAAAGCACAGGGUACAAAAGAGACGAGGGCUACACCUGGCAUCCUCCGCGUCUAUAG